AUGGACACAAUCACCUCCACUUCAGCAUCACUAACACUCUCUCUCCCUGCGGUUCCGCUUCGUACACUUUCUUCUUCCAUCUCCGUAUCCUCAUCUCUUCUCUUCCCACCCUCUCACUUAUCGUCCACGCUGAGACUCUACUCUGAAAAAACAAGGUUCUCCAAUUCUCCCUAUGCGGUUCCCAAGUUUACAGUGACUUCCGGUAUCACGGAAAUCAAUCAGACUCAGUUCAAGGAAACUGUAUUGGAAUCUGAACGUCCGGUUCUUGUUGAGUUUGUUGCUACUUGGUGCGGUCCUUGCCGUUUGAUCACUCCCGCUAUGGAAGCCCUAGCUAAGGAAUACGAAGACAGAUUAACAGUUGUAAAGAUUGAUCAUGAUGCUAACCCUCAGCUAAUUAAAGAGUAUAAAGUUUAUGGACUGCCAAGUCUGAUACUCUUCAAGAACGGGCAGGAAGUUCCAGGAAGCAGGAAGGAAGGUGCGAUUACAAAGGCGAAACUUAAAGAUCAUGUCGAUGUUUUGUUAGAAUCAAUAUCAGUUACAUAG